UUUCCUUCGGCGCGGUGAGUAGCCGGGGUUCCGGGCUUGUCCCGUGCGCUCUCUGACUCUCUGGCCUGCUUGGAGGCCUCUCUCCGUCUUCUCUUCCGACUUUGUCUGUUUCGUUGCAGCCACUGAAGAUCUGGUGUCGCCAUGGGUCGCCGCCCCGCCCGGUGUUACCGGUACUGUAAGAACAAGCCGUAUCCAAAGUCACGCUUCUGCAGAGGUGUCCCUGAUGCCAAGAUUCGCAUCUUUGAUCUGGGGCGGAAGAAGGCAAAAGUGGAUGAGUUCCCAUUAUGUGGCCACAUGGUGUCAGAUGAGUAUGAGCAGCUCUCCUCUGAAGCCCUGGAGGCUGCCCGUAUUUGUGCCAACAAGUACAUGGUGAAAAGCUGUGGCAAAGAUGGUUUUCACAUCCGAGUGCGGCUCCAUCCCUUCCAUGUUAUCCGUAUCAACAAGAUGUUGUCCUGUGCUGGAGCUGACAGGCUGCAGACAGGUAUGCGAGGUGCCUUUGGGAAGCCCCAGGGCACAGUAGCCAGGGUCCACAUUGGCCAAGUCAUCAUGUCCAUCCGUACCAAGCUGCAGAACAAGGAGCAUGUGAUUGAGGCCCUACGCAGGGCCAAGUUCAAGUUCCCUGGCCGCCAGAAGAUCCACAUCUCCAAGAAGUGGGGCUUUACUAAGUUUAAUGCGGACGAAUUUGAAGAUAUGGUGGCCGAAAAGCGGCUCAUCCCAGAUGGCUGUGGGGUCAAAUACAUCCCUAAUCGUGGCCCCUUGGACAAAUGGAGGGCUCUCCACUCAUGAGAACCUUGCACCACCCGAACCCUAUUCAUGCCCACCAAUAAAUCCUGCUUCCUGUC